AUGUUUGAUCCGAUUCACGUUUCGCCAUUCCAUGUCGCCGACUCGCCGUUGCUGGAAAGUAGUAUCCUUAGUCAAAAUUGGUAUCGAAUAUUUUACCUCCACACAUGCACCAGCAACAGGAAAUCCACACAUUACAGAUUGGAAGAAUCAGGAGUGAAGCAAGCACCAGGAAGCAUGUCCAAACAGCGACAGUCUCAGGACCAGGAUGGAAGAGCAGCAAGCAGGACCCAGGCCGGACAACUAAGGCCCCUGGCACCAGCCAGACAAGACGCGUAUACCACAGCAUUGAACCCCUCUCACAUCACCCCAGCCGCAAGCAGCGUCCGUAACGGUCGUCUUCCACCUGUCGAAGCUUCGAGACGCCCUCCACAGCUCAUUCCGGGCCACUCGCACAGUGUUGGCGGCACGGCAAUGGCCCCAAGUCAUGCACAUUCUUCCGGCAGACGGUUGGCGGUCGAAAAUCCUCUUAUCAGCCAUCCCCAACUUAUCACUACAGGUAGAGCAACAGCAGAUCAGCAUAACAGACAGUUGUUGGCGAGUCCCGAUACCGACACAUUCACUGGGCCAGCAGGAAGUUGGAGAGCCUACAACCGACGAGAGGUGGAUGCUUACCAUGGCUUGCUAUCACUUCGGUAUGGGCCAAUGGUAGAGGCAACAUCAGCAUCGUACAACAUGACCACAAGGCAGGCUUCUGGCGGCCGCGGCGGCCGCGGCGGCAAUGUCCCAGCUCAAUCCAUGGGAGCGGCAACAAACGCCAGGCAACUUCGACCGAAAGUUCAUGACAGUGACAAUGUCCUGGGCUCCUCAAGGCAGUCGCUACGGCCAGCUGGACCACAAUCUACUCAUAAGCAGGCACCGAGUCCAGCGAGCCAAAACGAGAGGCAAGGACAAGAUGCAAGACGAGCAAGGGACCCCCCAAGAAGAUAUUCAUGCUAUAUGUGUGGAUGGACGGGAUUGGGGUUUUCAUGGGCGCGGAACCAUAUGCUGCGGCGACAUGGACUGGAUGAGCGUGAUGUGGAUUAUCAACGAAUCCAAGCAUCAGAGGUGGUAUGUCUUUGGUGA